AUGAACGGUAACCCGUGCGCCCGCAGGCUGGCCCGGCGCUCCAAGUCCGCCCUGCUGGUCGCUGCUCUGGCCGUCCUGCUGGUCCAGACUCUCAUCGUGUGGAACUUCAGCAGCCUGGACUCUGCCGGCGGGGACGGAGGCGCCAGGAGCCGGGAGAAGAGAGAGGAGCAAGCCGGGGGGCUCAACAAAGCCGACAGGGAGCCACCGCGGAGGGGGCUGCAGAAGAAGGGCGACCCGCCGCCGCCGCUGCUCGGGAAGGCGGCCGCUCGGCACAAGCUGCAGGCGGACGUGUACCAUUCCCACCGGCCUAAAGAGAAACUUCGCCUGGACAGCAACAAUAAUGAGAACUCGGUCCCUAAAGACUUCGACACCAUCGACAGCAACAGUAACCUGGGAGCUCGAUCUCAACGCCAACGAGUGCCAGUGGCAAACGCCAAACGCAAGAUGGAUAAGGCUCAAGCACAAAGCAUGCUGGGUAAAUCUGCUAAUGAGGUCCUCAAGCACCCUCCUGUCCAACCCAGAGAGAUGGGCCUCAAUCACAACCGCACCCAUGUCCAUAAACCUCGCCCCCAGGUGCCGACCAUCUUGGCACCGGUCCAGGGGUCCAAUCAGGAUCCACCGUUCUACCAGACGAGGAAGUCGGCCACUCAGCUGCCACCCGGUUUGGAGCCGAGGAAGGAGCAGCUGCAGUGCGAGAUCAGCGGGAAAGAAGCGAUUUCAGCUCUGUCCAGAUCCAAGAGCCGCGAGUGUCGGCAGCAGAUAGUGGAGGUGUACUGCAAGCACAAAGAGAGAGCACUGAUGCCCGAGAAGGUGCCGCGCUACUGCCCCAGAGAAGGUAAGGCUAAUGUGAAUGUACAGUGGGACGAGGACCCCUCAGAUGCUGCCCAGCUCGUGCCUGUACGGAUCGCCUUCGUCCUGGUUGUCCACGGUCGAGCCUCGCGUCAGUUCCAGCGUCUCUUCAAAGCCAUCUACCACACCUCGCACUACUACUACAUCCACGUGGACCAGAGGUCCAACUACCUCCACAAAGAAGUCCUGUCUCUUGCCAGUCAGUACUCCAACGUUCGGGUGACUCCCUGGCGGAUGUCCACCAUCUGGGGUGGAGCCAGCCUGUUGACUAUGUACCUACGCAGCAUGGAGGACCUUCUCAAAAUGUCCGAUUGGUCCUGGGAUUUCUUCAUCAACCUCAGUGCUGCAGAUUACCCCAUCAGGACCAAUGAACAGCUGGUGGCUUUCCUAUCCAAGUACCGCAACAUGAACUUCAUCAAGUCUCACGGCAGGGACAACGCACGCUUCAUCCGUAAGCAGGGUUUGGACCGUCUCUUCUACGAGUGUGACACCCACAUGUGGCGUCUCGGGGACCGCAAGAUCCCAGAGGGCAUUGCGGUGGACGGAGGCUCUGAUUGGUUCCUUGUCAACCGGCCUUUUGUGGACUAUGUGGUGAACUCCCAAGACGAGCUGGUCAGCAGCAUGAAGCGCUUCUACGCCUACACACUGCUGCCUGCUGAGUCAUUUUUCCACACUGUGCUGGAGAACAGCGCCCACUGUGAGACCAUGGUGGACAACAACCUGAGGCUCACCAACUGGAACCGCAAACUGGGCUGUAAAUGCCAGUACAAGCAUAUAGUGGACUGGUGUGGCUGCUCACCCAACGACUUCAAGCCCUCGGACCUGCCGCGAUUCCAGCAAGCGUCCAGACCGACCUUCUUUGCUAGAAAGUUUGAGGCCAGUGUCAGUCAGGAGAUCAUCAACCAGCUGGACGCCUACCUGUUCGGGUCGUACGCCCCGGGUACUUCGGGCCUCCAGGCCUACUGGGAAAACAUCUACGAGCAGGAGACGGACGGCCCCACCAGCCUAUCAGACUCCUUGCUCAGCCACUACCACGCCUUCGCUCACAUGGGACUGUCCCGCGCCGCCAGCUCGCUACAGGGCCAUCCCAAUGACAACAGCUGCAGGUACAUGGCUAUGAGCCACCCAGUGUCGGUCCACCUCUACUUCCUGUCAGACCAAUUUCAGGGCUACCUGGUGCGUCAUGUGGCCACUAACCGAGCUUCCACCCAGCUGGAGACCCUGGAGACCUGGGUGACACGCAAAGACCACUUCACCCCAGCCAGCCCUCCACACCCCAACAACAGGCUGCAGCAUAUCCAGGUUGGGACGGACUGGGAUCCGAAGGAGCGUCUCUUCAGAAAUUGGGGGGGUCUCGUGGGACCCGAGGACGAACCGGUUGCUGUGCAGCGUUGGAGCCGAGGCCAGAGCAACCUGACGGCCACCGUGGUGUGGAUCGACCCCACAAACGUCAUCGCCGCCACUUACGACAUCCUGGUGGACGCUUCUGCUGAGGUCACCCACUACCGGCCGCCGCUCUCCCUGCCUCUGAGGCCCGGCAUCUGGACCCUGAGGGUGCUGCAUCACUGGAACCCACUGGGUCAGACCAGCUUCAUCGUGGCCCCACUGGAUUUCCACAGACUACAGCCCUUACAGCAAGAGGAUGCCCUCCGUUUGCACGGCGGCCCACCCAGAAACUCCUACAUGGAGCAGAGUUUCCACGGCCUGAACCCGGUGCUGCGGCUGCCAGUGAGCCUGGGUGCUGUGGAGGAGGCCGAGGCCAACGCUGGCCUGACAGGGGCGCCGCUGCGUCGCUGGCUGGACCGACUGCUGGAGGGCCACUGGUCAGCGGCGGACAUUUGCUCGAUGGGACCCAGCGCCUGCCCCGUCAUGCAGCGCUGUCGUCUCACUGUGUGGAGCUCUGCCAGCCCCGACCCAAAGUCUGAACUGAACCCGCCCAGAGAGAACGGACGGAUCAGGUAGCAGACGGAUGGGCUGAGGGAGGACGAGCGGAUGGAGGAGAGGAGAAAAUGAAGGAAGACACAGGGCUGAUGUCCUGUCUCAUAUUUAUUUAUUUUAUUUUGUGCAACGUCAGAGGAAAAGGAAGUGGAUCAAACUUUGGAGGCAGCGACAGGAAGAAGAGAAACAGACUUAAACACUGAGGAAGAAUAUUCUCCUUCAGUCUGCUGCUCUCUGUUAUUACUGUGUGUGUGUGUGUGUGUGUGUGUGUGUGUGUGUGUGUGUGUGUGUGUGUGUGUGUGUGUGUGUGUGUGUGUGUGUGGUGUGUGUGUGUGUGUGUGUGUGUGUGUGUGUGUGUGUGUGUGUGUGUGUGUGUGAAGAAGAACUCUAUACCUCUUGUUGUGUGUGUAGUGUUUCUCUAGGUUAACGUGUGCUUUACAUGUUCAGAUGCUGAAAACCGACAUGGUUGCUCAUUCUUAGGCUUAUUAUCAUCGACUAGUUAGAGUUAGCUCAACUUCUGAGAUAAAUGUUUUUAUGAUGACAUUUAUUUUAUUUCAGACUGUUAUCCUGAUUGCUGAUUUGAAUGCAACUUUCUCAUAAAUUGAGAUCUUUCUAAUAUUUAAACACUCUUCUCCUCCUGAUGUAAAACACUUUGAGUUAUUUCCAGGGAUUCCUUCAGUCAUAAAUGUUUCACAAAGAUUCUUUAAGAAUGGAAACUCUAUAAUAAACACUGUUAUCAUUAUCUUAACUUCCGGAGAUAUCAGGAUUCUUCAGCUGUGAUCAACAAUAAUGAGCCUAAAAAUUCAUUAGCAACCAUCAAUGUUUUCAUACAGAGUCAGGUGAGUGUCGGAGGGAUUCUGAUGAAUUAUUCCCUUUAAUUGUUUUAAUUGUCUGGAUAUUAAAAACAUACCAUAGAUUGGAAAACACUGCUGAACUACUAGUGGUGGAAUAAGUACUCAGAUACUUUGCUGAAAUAAAUGUAAAGUACUUCUUUUGUAGAAUGACAUGUCAUAGUGUGCUAUGAUGUUAAAUAUUAUAAUAUUGGAUUAUUACUGACUACUAUUGAUGAUUGAGGUGGUGCUAACUAUAGCUGUCAGAUGUAGUGAAGUAACAAGUAGUAGUAAUAUUUGUCAUCCAAGCACCUUUUAGAAAUAUACUGAAGUAGAAGUACUCAGUUACUUUCCACCACUGUCAGACUGUAGUUUUCCCUCCUGGCGCUGACCGCCUCUGUACUCUGAUGUGUGUUUCUUUGUUUUCUGUCUGUGCCAUGUCUGAAUCCUUCAGACCGCCUGAGACUUGAAGUGUGAGACGUCCGCUAUGCUGGAACUCAGAAGAGAUUCACCUCCUAUGUUUUUUAUUUUUACUUUACACGUUUUAUAUCUACUCUUUGCUGUAGAAACUGAUGUGACUGUGUCAAAGCGUACAACUGCUACGUGUAAUUUAUUCAGAGGUUUAUAGAUUUUUUUUCUUUAGUCAGUGACUAAUAUUUGAUAUGCUGAUAUUUGGUGCAUUCGGUGGGUGACAUUUGUUUUUUGGACAAAAACGUCUGCCUUUGUUUCUAAAGGGCUUCAAGUGUUUGUCAGGACUGAUGAUGGAUGUUUGUGUCAGUCAGCUGUGGGUGGAUCUCACAGCCUCCUCUCCUCACCGCCCCCCUUUGACUCAUCUGCUCUCAUUUCAGACUACUGCUGCUUCUGCUGCUGCUGCUAAGCUAAGUUUAAUCUGACCAGUGCUGAAGUACAUCUACACAUUUUAAACUAAGAGAGUUUUUCUUCAUUCUUAUGAAUUAAUGUUUUUAUAUGAUCUCAUCUGUCAUAUUUCUGCACUUUUACCUUCCUUCCAUAAAACUGCAGAACAUAUUUCAUUUGACCGUCCUGUGAGUGGAGUUUGGAUGGAGCAGGUGAGGAGGGGAGAGGAGGAGAUCACCCAAAACAUUUAGAUGCACCUUUAGACUUCCAUGCUGCUCAGUGAUGGACUCACAACAGAUUCAUUCAUGAGAGAAAUAGAUGUAAACAAAAGAUAGAUUCCUAGAUAGAUGUGAACAAAACAGGUUUAUUAACAUUAUUAGGAAGUCUUUGCUAAUGUGUUUGAGGACAUUGAUUCAGUGUGUUCAUUAUCGGUUUGAUCUGAUUUGUUUUAAGCUCAGUUUGCAACAUAUAGUAUUUUGAAUUUUAGCAGACAGACUAAUAAUAAUAUCAUUUGGAAGCAGCACUUUGACAUUUUAGAAAAUGUUCAGCUUCUUGUCUGUUUGGUAAAAUGAAGCUUCAGCCAGCUUAGUUUGGCAUAAAGACUGGAAACUGGAGAAACAGAUAGCCUGAAUGUCCAAAGGUAACACAAUCAAUGACUCAAGGAAGUCACUGCACUCAGCCAAAGCAAAUCGUCCAGGACGUUAGAAACAGCCAUUUUAAUUUGUCAUUUUUAAUCAGAAACUUUAGAAGUGCUGGUAGGAGAAUCGUUACCUUUGGACAGAGUCCAGAGCGGCUGCUCCCAGACAUACACCGAUACAGACAUGGGCGGGAUCCAUCUUAUUAUCUAACGCUAAUCAGUGCACUUCUGCUGAUCUAUUACUUUUUAAGUUACUACAGGCUAACCUAACUCCACCCUGCACAGAUGUUGCUCAUAUUUCACAGUGUCAAACAUUAAUCAUGGAUUUAUUUCUCGACCUGUGAAUUACAGUUUUAAAUCAAAACGGUACAUGGUAACCUCAACACGUUUUAAUCUUCAGUUAGUUAUAUUUCUCAUUACUAUUAAAAAAAACAAACAGUAUUUAAUAGGAAUUUUUGAAUAAAUAAGUGUGUGCAGUUGCCAUAUGACAAUAUUAUUGGGACCAAAACUGGAGAGCAGCUCAGAUGAACUGUUGUUCUGUGACAGUCAGCACUUAAAAAGACGUGAACAGUAAGUUGUAUUUAUUCUGGAAAAGAUUGUUACUCUUAGAUAUAAUUUAUUAUUUGAAAUGAUGUUACCCGAUGUUUGGAUUGAACAGCACAGUUCUCUGUCAAGAUGCACAAAACAACAUCAGAACUUUGAAUUAACUUUAAAUUCAGGAUUCAACUCAAAAAGCACAGUCAGUUUUAACUGUUUGAUUUUCAGCAUUAGACUGAAACCUAAUAUAACCUCUAAACAACAAUGAGCAGUGAGAAGCUGUUAAUACGUCCUGAACAAAAUACUCUGAUGUAUUUAUGAUCAACUUUAUUGCAGAAUAAAUCGAUAUUCAGGUAUUUUGAUAACACAUGCUUAAAAUAUGGCAAGCUCUUGCUUACUGUUACGACUAAUAUUUAUUUGAUAUAUUGAAUGUUGUCCACAAAGACAUGAACAUCACUUCAUUUUGCUUUUGUUGCUGUAAAUCAAACAAAGGGAAAUUAGGUUAUACUGUUAAAAAAGCAACAAAAGGACUUCUUCAGUCUUUUGUGAUUUUGUUUCUGAUGCUUUCGUUUCAUUUUAAUGCUGAAAUCAAACGUUUAAAUAAAACUAGACCGAGUACAAGAGUCUAUAUUUAGUAAACAUGUUUUUAAUUUAAAUUUUUGCAUCUUUACACCAAUUUUUAGAUUGUAAAUGGAUUUUUUUGACAAACACGGGUCAGAAUCACUCGUCGUUACAGCUAUGGCAGCCCUAAGCUGUCAUGAUGUGAUCCAUAAAUACAGUAAUACUUUUAUUCAUCCUGACAUCACGUCUCAAAGAAAGUCCUAAAUAUUCAUAAAAAACUUUAAAAAAUAACAAAUUCAACUUUCACCUUCUGUUCCUGCUCGAUGUUGAUUUGACACUUAAGAGCCAUUUUAUGUCCAAUUUGUAUUUUUCAUAUGACGACUGAGUCGAUGUAAAUCUGUAUUUUGUAAAAUACUUGAUAUGAUGAUGUACAGUUUUUAAGUUAAUGACAUAGAUGGGUCCAGCUCUUUGGACGCUGUGCUGUGGUGCCACAGAAGUCAUGUGACUGUUUUUAAAAGAUUUUGAUGCCGUGAAAAAGUUGAUAAAGUUUUCAGAUUUUGGAGGAAGAGCCCAGCUGAGACAUUUGUUCUGUUCAGACUUUUUAAAUUUUGCCUCAGUCUUUUUUUAUAUCUUGUACUAACCUGUUUGUUUUCUUUCAGUGCCAUCUCUGUCUUAUUCACAGUUUGUUCUGUUAUUUUCUUGUUCUCUCUCUCUCUCUGGGAGUAGUGCUGUGCCUUAGCUGUGCUCCUGUUGUAGGAAACCCUCUGAAAGCAUCAAAACUGUCUCAAAUGUCCAAAAACCAAAAAAAAAAAAAGAAAGAAUUGUUGUGAAUGCCUUAUAAAUGACCUUAGUGGUUUUGAAGUACAACUUUUGAAAAUAAAACAAUCUCCCUUUA